AGAGACAAGUAGCCUACUUCCGCCUUCUUCUUCUUUUUUCGGCCCACUCCUCUCUCUCUCUCUCUCUCUCUCACACACACACACACACACAGAGAGACACACACCAUUUCUAUCUCACUCUCACCAACUUAUAACAUUGUUGCUCUAUCCUUUUCUCAUUAAAUCCCACCCAUAAUUCAACUUCAAUCCUCAUUUUACUAUUUCUCCCCUCUUCUUCUAGUUUACCGGGAGGAAUUAGGUUUGACUAGUUGAAUAUCUCGAAAGCAAUUAAGCAGGGGCAGAGAAAUGGAGGUCUCCAGUGGAAUGAGUUGUUUCUGUUGAUUGGUUUUGUCUUGCGUAGAUUUCUGGCUUAUGGGUUUGCAUUAGGUAGGUGUUCCCGUUGGCGGUGGGAUUAGUCUCAAUGCUUCAAUGUUCCGAAGGACUCACUUCGUGAUUGCCGAUGCUUCAGUUUAACUGAUAUAGAUCUUCUGUGAUGUUUUCGGCCUGUUUUUCUUGUAUAGGUGUCGAGAUUUUUGUGUAGUUGGAUGGCCAAUUUGUGAAAACAUCUGUGUUAUGGUUAGUCUUUGGUUUGAAUGCUGAUGUGUUAGUGGUGUUAUUGGAUUAAUUAUGUUGACUCGUUCGAGGAUUUGGUUUCGAGAAUUGAGCUGUUUCGGGGGAUUGGUCGAGGAUUUUUUUAUAGCUUGUUUCCCAGGAUUGUGUUGACGCUGAUGGAUUAGGAUGCUGAAACGUUAGGGUAGAAUUUGUAUGGUGAAUUAAGUUUAGAAGUUUAUUUGUUUGGGGGAAUCUGAAAAUGGAUGUGUGGGUAGUUGCAGCAGCUGCUGGUGCUGGUUAUGUAGUCCAGCAUCUAAAGAAUCUCAGCAGGGGUAAGAAUAAAUGGGUAGAUUCAUCGUCUGAGAACCUUAAUAGUGUUACACCUCAGUCCUCCAGUAGUAGACACAAGCUCGGGGACAAGAGUGGUCCAUUUAACAAUGUGUUGUCGAGGAAAAGUUUUGGGGAGGAAAUGUCCAACAGAGAAGGAGACAAGGUUUGUGAAGCUGCUUCUGACUUUGAAGUCACUUCUACUAGUGGAUAUGAAGAUGAAAAUCUGAUAAUGGUGGACAGCUUUAUGAGUUCAAGUUCUUUAGCUCCAUAUCUGGACGUAGAAGAUGUUCAAGGGGAUUGGGAAAGUAGAUUACCUUCUGACAGUGGUAAAGGUUUUACUAGUGAUAUGUCGCCUCAUCCUUCUUCAGGCGAGAUAGGGUUUUCUUAUAGUUCUAGAAGAAAGAGAAGUAGGCUGAAGAGUAGAAGAUUUGAUAGUGAAUUCAUAAAGCCACAGACUUCUCUUGAGAGUUGUCUUAUGGCCCAGUUGUACGAAGAACACAAUGAAAGUGAAGAAUAUGCUCUCCAUCCAUUGGGGAAACCACGUUUGCGGCCAUUUCUUGUCACUGAUGGAAGCAAGAUAAUCAGCACAGCACCGCAUGAAUCCUUCACUGUACCAAUUGGAACAGCAGGAGGGAAAAGUCGGCUGUGGAAGGAUGGAUACUCGAAAGUAAAUUCGACUGUAUGUGGCAUUCCAGCACUGCCUUAUAUUGAACCUGUGGAGUUUGAAAAGAAAGCUAAAACUAGAGAAAAACUGAAGCACGGUUUUGAAAGAACUGACUCUAGCAAAGCUUCCCAUGGCGAUCACGACAACGCACAAGGAACAUCCGAUAGGGCUCUUCUUUUCUAUCUUGGGCUAACAAUGGGCAUAGUAUCUUCUUUCUUGGCAAACAAACGAGAAGUAGAAAAUAUGAAAAGCUUGUUGAAGCAGAACGAGAAUCUGGUCCAAGAUCUGCAGGAGGAACUUGAGAUGAAAGAUUCCUUAACUGUAAAGGAGCUUGCUGCAGAUGAUUAUGAAUCAAAGGAUGUGCAUAAUGAUUGUUGCACCGGUGAUACAGUGCAUCCUUCUCUUGAAGAGAAAUUUGAUGAAGAAUCUUGCCAUGAGAAGGCUGAGGAGAAAUCUUUAUAUGAAAUCGAAGCAGAGCUUGAAGCUGAAUUGCAGAGGUUGGAAUCAAGCAUGAACUCUUCCAGUUUGGAAGGGAAACUUUGCAAUCUAACAGCGCUUGAUCCAGACUUGGUACCAGAUUUUCAUGAGGACAAGUCGAGGUCUCGCUCUUUUGCUGCUGACAUCAACAACCAGUUUCAUGCUGAUAGCAAUGGAAGCCGAAGCUCUACACCACGCUCUUGCCCCUAUCCAGUAUCCCCUAGAGAGCUGAGUUUGCGUUUGCAUCAAGUCAUCCAAUCAAGACUAGAAGAACGCAUAAAGGAGCUUGAGAUGGCGCUUCAGAACAGUCAGAGGAAGAUGAAGUACAUGGAAUCUGAGCAUGUCCAUCCAUGGGGGGAGCAAUCAAACUCUGGAACACAAAACUCUUCAACCCAUGAUAGCCCAAUUGUUAGAGAUGGACAUGAGUCUGUAGAUGAACCUGUCAUCAUCAAUUUAUCAGGGGAAGCACUGGCUGCCUACAAUGAGGCCUAUGACGUGUUCACAAAGGUCUCUGAAUCAGAUGACGAAGAUUUUCAAGCUGGGUUCGAGAAUGGAUAUCAUGCCCAAUAUGAUCUUAUGGGUCAGCAUUCCGCUUCAAAUGGGGUUCAGGAGUCUGUGUUUGAUCAGCGAACUGAGGAAGAUCUUUACUCUCCGGCGAACAAUGUUGUCUGCGGCAGAAGGGAUGGAGUUGAAGACAGUGAUCAGGAAGAGAUGGAGAGGUUGCUGAUAAGGCAAAUAGUAGAGAAAGCCAAACAAGGCUCUCCUGCAGUUUUGAAAGCUCAAAGAGCAUUUUUGUUAUUAAAUAUUGAAAAUGAACAUUGACAAAAAAAAGGGAACAGAAAUAGAGAGGCUAAUUUGCAUGAAGUUUAA